AUGAUGAUGGUGAUUGUUGGAGUCUUGUCCUUCUGUUUCCUCUCGCUCCUCUGUCUCUGCGUGUUCAAUCACAUGUAUCGGGGGAGGAGACGAGACCUGGUGCUGCGGGCUGAGGAUGAGACUGACGACCUUCCCGCUCAUCCGGGCUUCGUGGUUCCUGUGAGCUUCGAGACGAGGAAGAGGGCAGAGAUCAUCCUCGAGACCCUUCGCCACGUCCCCAAGGGCAGGAUACACCUGGCACAGGCGUCGACGUCGCUCUCGCCCAAGAUAAUGAACUUGCAUGUUGACUGGGAGCACGGAGACAUCAACCUCCUCAUCCCCAACCACUCGGGCGUGAGCGAGUACCUCGACUCCACCGUCGCCUCCUACAUCUCCCAGCGAUCGCAGCUCUCCUGUGCUGACAUGUGCGUGCUCUGCUUCGAUCGCAAGCGGGACAUUCAACUUAGGCCCUGCCAGCACAACGUCUUCUGCGUUCAGUGUGUCUCGGAAAUGCUGUGCAGGUGGCAGAAGCGAGAGGGGCUGCUCUGCCCCAUCUGCAGGACGCCCUUCAGCUCGCUCAUCUACACGGAACCCGCAAAGGCGGAGGAGGCGGCAGGGACGUCAGGAGACAAGUUAGAGAGGAUGGAGGGCGAGGCGGAGACAGCGAUCGACAUCCAUGCGGUCACGGCAGGAUCUGACACGAUGACGGCCAAGGAUGCGAACUUAGUGUAUGAGAUGGCCGCUGCUGAGGGCAGGACAGACUGGACGAGACGAACAGAACAGGAUACGAUGGCGCAGGUGAUCGGGCAGGAGGAGGGAGCGGCGGCAGGGCCGGAGGCGGAGGAGGAGGGAGAGAUUGGUAGGGGUCUGUGA